GCAGGAUUAAAUAGUGUUAACAGAAAAAACAAAUGGUUCUAUCAUGAUUUUAAAUGAUCAAAAAGCAUUUUGUAUUCAAUAGAAAAACAAUAAUGACAAGAUGAUAAUAUAUAGAAUCAUGAAGGAAUAAUAGAAUGAAGUGAACAUUUUCGUUUGGUUUCAAACAAAUUAUUGAAUAUAAACAAUUAGUUAUUGGAUUAUUAGGAAUGGGCAUGAUAUUAUCGUCAUCAGAAGAUCUCUCUAGUUCUGAUAAUGAAAAUGGUAAGAAGAAAGUAUCUACCAUCACAAAAAAUGGAAGGCCUAAACUACUUUCAAUACAAGAAUAUGAAGCAGAAUUGAUUCGUAUAACUGAUGAACUGAAAUCUGACGAGGAUACAGACACGGAAGAAUAUUUCUCUGAUGAAGAAUAUGAUGACAAAGACAAGGAUACCAUUCAAUCGUUUAGAUUACCGAAUUCAAGUCGAUUGCAAUUUUCCGUCUACUAUAAUGAUUCAGAACAAGAAAUGCAUGUCAAUGUUAUUCGUGUGAACAAUGUACCAGGUAGAGAAGCUGGUGGACCCCCAGCUUAUCAAAUUAGUUUAUCUAUAGAACCAGAUAAUAAACAAUGUUGGAAAAGUAAAAUACGUACAGCACCAAAUCCAGAAUAUUUAGAAGAAUGGCGAUUUAAAAUUUCUCUUGUUACCAUACACACAUCUACGCUCAUUUGUCGUAUAAUUGGAUUUUUUGAAAGUGAAGAAGAAUAUCUAUGUGGAGAAGCUACUGUGUCGUUAGGAAAUUUAAAUUUAAAUAUUGAAAAUGUUCUAACAGUAAAUUUUCAACCAAUACACAUCUUACCAGUUUCGCGUAAUUUGCAAUUAACAAAAUCAGAAAAUACAACAGAUAAUACUACCAAUAAUAAUAUUAAAACUGCAACUUACAAAUUAACCGAUCAAGAUCGACCAUCCAUUUGUCCACAAAGCGAAAAUGCAAUCAUUUUCAAUACACGAUUAUCAAAAGUUUUAUUAAUGCUUCGAUUAAAUCAAACUACUGGACGAUUUGAAUGUUGUAUUCAACAAAUUAAUAUGAUUGAUAUGCAGAUAAGUAGAAUACCAAGGCGAAGUAUUUAUGUGAAAUUACUUAUCAGAACAGAACAAGAUGGUUUAAUCAAUAAAGCACAAAGUGCAUAUUAUCCAAAACAAUCAACUAUACACUUGAAUGAAACAUUUGCAUUUUAUAUUAAAUCAUAUCAAAUAGGUCAAAUCACUGUAGAAUUUUCAUUAUUACGAAGAAAACCAUUCAAUAAACGUACUAUCAUUGGGACAUGCAAAAUAGGCAAAUAUAAUACAAGUAUUCAUGAAUUGGAACAUUGGGAACGUGUAUUAACUGUGAAAGAUCAAAUGAUAUCACAAUGGCAUAAAUUCUAUCCAAUAGCAAUUACACCAACGGAAAUGACUUUUAAAUCUAGAGAAGAUAAAAACAAUCAAUCGUCAAAGGAGGAACAACAACAGCAAUAACAUUAAAUUCAUUUUAUUUUGACGAAUAAUUUAUAUGGUUUUCUUUUUAUUGAUAGCGUAUAUUUCUGUUGAAUAAUACCGAAAAUGCACAUACAGUGUUGUUUAAUUAAGAAAUAAAAUGUUUUUUAAAUUAGAGUUAUGGAG